ACCCUCUCCUCGGAAACUCUCAAUCAGUGGAGGGAAAAGAGAGGAGGCGGCUAAUUAAAUAUUGAGCAGAAAGUCGCGUGGGGAGAGGGUCACGUGGGUCUCCGAGCUCCUCACGCCGGAGAUAAAUGCCACGAAGCGCCCUAGCCCGCAAAGGCGCGCACUCCUCGGAGCUCUCGGUGCCGUGCGGCCGUGCGCGCGGAGCAGCCCAGCAUCCCCGGGCCGGGCAGACGGCCACAAAAGCAACAUGAAAAUCCUCGUGGCCUUGGCAGUCUUCUUUCUCGUCUCCACUCAACUGUUUGCAGAAGACAUCGGUGCCAACGAUGAUCUAAAUUAUUGGUCCGACUGGUCCGACAGCGACCAGAUCAAGGAGGAACUUGCGGAGCCCUUCGAGCAUCUCCUGCAGAGGAUCGCCAGGAGACCCAAGCCUCAGCAGUUCUUUGGAUUAAUGGGGAAACGGGAUGCCGAUACCUCAAUUGAAAAACAAGUGGCCCUGUUAAAGGCUCUUUAUGGACAUGGCCAGAUCUCUCAUAAAAGGCAUAAAACAGAUUCCUUUGUUGGACUAAUGGGCAAAAGAGCUUUAAAUUCUGUGGCUUAUGAAAGGAAUGGGAUGCUGAAUUAUGAAAGAAGACGUAAAUAAACUCCGUAAUAUAUUAUUUAUUCAGCUUCAUUUGUGUCCAUGAGCAAUGAAAGCUAAAAGACAACAUGCACUAUGAGAAAUAAUUAUUUAUGUAAUAACAACUGUUGUUAUGAGUGAAACACUCAAAAAGUGUUUAUUUUUUCAUAUUGUACCAAUAUGUGCUGUAAACAUGUGUUGUAAUUCUAGUAUGACUCCCUCAGAAGUAGAAAUCAGUGGUCACUUCUUAACAAAUACAGUGUUCAGUGAAAUUGUGAAAACCUGUAAAUGAUAGUCUCCACAGAAAGAAUCCUUGCUAUGAAGUGGUGUGUGGACAGGUGCUGCUGGCAGCAAGGAAACUCCUGGCAGCCUUGUCCUUCACCUGGUGGCUUUCAUGCUGAAAAUGGACUGCAUCUGUGGUAUUCAACUGUUUGUAUCCCUGCAGCAUGUUUCAUGGUUUGUGGCUAUAGAGAUGUUUUCAAAAGUUUUCAUGUGGUUGUAUGGUCUUUAUUCAUUAUAUGAUGUGUUGUGAUAGCUACCAUUUCAAAUAAAAGAAAAUAUAUCUUCAGAA